AUGGAUCUAACGCAGCACAACUUCGCUUACUACCUUCCUUGGCUUCUGAAAGAGCUGACCCAAAGCUACUUCGUUUCUAUUGACUUUGAACUCUCUGGUAUUUCCCUGGCCCCCUCCUCCCAGAUUCCGAAGAUCCAGACUCUACAGGAACGUUAUUUGGAAAACAAAAUCGCCGCGGAGAAGUACCAGAUCAUUCAGAUUGGUCUGACAAUCUGCAAUGAGGAUGCUGCAAAUGGCACUUACAACCUCAGACCGUUUAACAUCUGCUUGAGUCCUAUCGUGGAGCAAGCCCUGGACAUCAACCGUGACUGGACAUUUUCAAGCCUGGCGGUCGAGUUCCUAUUAGGACAUGGGUUCAGCAUCGAUGCCCUCUGCAAACAGGGUGUCCGCUAUCUCUCUCGCAGCGAAGAACAAGAGGCCCGGGAGCAUAUGAACACGAGGCUCAACCGUCUUGAUACCUGGGACAUACAGGACAUAGACCAAGUUUCUUUGGACUUUCUAGAGGAAGUUCGCGCCUUGCUUGAUAACUGGGUGGCUAGUUAUCAGGGCCAAAGACGCAAUGAGCACUUAAACAUCCCCCCUUUACCUCGUUCUUACAAGGCCCAGCAGCGCAGAACUCUGCCCAGGCAUCUGAGCAAUCAGCAGAAAUACCUCGUGCACAAAGUGAUCAGGCUCGAGUACCCUGAUCUGAAAUCUCAAACCCGACACGGAUACGUGCAGGUCACCGAGACCACCGCGGAGAUGAACAGACUGGCCAUUGAGCGAAAGCGGGACGAUGCCAAAAAGAAGAUCCAAAAAAGCAUUGGAUUCCGCUGGAUUGCCGAGGCUUUGGUGGGAGGAGACCUGACAUCCCUCGAGCCAAGCACCUUUGCUCCCCUCCUGGCUCAAGCUGAGAACCCGAAGUUCACGUUGGAGGAGCUCUCCUCCGGACUGAAAGACUGUCUCAAAGAGAACCGAGUGGUAUUCAUUGGACACAAUUGCUUCACGGAUCUGGUUUUCUUUUACCACCACUUCAUCGGCAAAUUGCCCCAGACCUUGGAAGAAUUCAAGCUUCUGGUUCACCGUGUAUUUCCCCUGGUGAUAGAUACGAAGUAUCUCUUUACUUACGACGAGGACUCCUCCAACGCUAAGUCUUCGCUGGCAGACGCCAACAGAGAGUUUGCGAAGGUAGCUUUUCCCAAGAUCAUUAUCGACCCCGUGUAUUCGAAGUAUGCAUGGUCCGAGAGCCUGCACGAAGCGGGCUACGACAGCAUGCUCGCCGCCAUCUUGUUUAUCAAGCUCUCUGCCCAGCUUCACAAGGAGGGAAAGAUACUCAACAACACAAAGGGAACUCUGAGGGAGAUGAAUAUCGAAAUCGCUAAUGGCCAGCCUUUCAAUGUGCAGGACCUAUUCAACAGUGUCAUGAAUGGCCGUUCUAAACGAGCCCAGAGCAGGUCAAACGAUGACGACGACCUUCCGGGCAAGGGCGACGACGGCAAGGAUUCCGAUGUUUGGUCUCCGGAGGAAUCACUUCAGUCUCUCGCUGAAUCUGCAACCCACGCAGUUGCUGAUAUGGUUCGCAAUGGCUUGCUGAUCCCUCGACUCGACAGCGAGUUUUGGGACGUCUACGGCAAUAAGCUGCGAGUGUUUGGAACGCAUGAGGGAGUCGUGGACCUCGGAGAGAUAGCUCGCGAAGCCACCUAG